GCGGGCGAGACGAAGGUGAUUUACCACCUGGACGAGGAGGAGACGCCCUACCUGGUCAAGAUCCCGGUGCCCGCCGAGCGCAUCACCCUCGGCCACGUCAAGGCCGCCCUGGCCCGCCCCGGCGCCAAGUACUUCUUCAAGAGCAUGGACCAGGACUUCGGGGUCGUAAAGGAGGAAAUCUCAGAUGACAACGCGAAGCUGCCCUGCUUCAACGGCAGAGUUGUUUCCUGGCUUGUGUCUUCAGAGACUCCUCAGCCUGAACCUCUGCCUCCACCCCCUCCCAUAGAGGUACGACCAGAGCCAUCACCACCCCCACCUCCUCUUCCGCCGUUGCCCGUGGAGAGGACAAGUGGCAUUGGGGAUUCCCGACCCCCUUCUUUCCAUCCGAACAUCACAGGCAGCAGAGAGAACCUAGACCACGAAACUGAGCCGGAAUCCGUUGUGUCGCUCAGAAGAGAGAGGCCACGCCGCAGGGAGAGCAUGGAGCAGGGAGGUGGGCACCGACUAAACGGGCAGUCACGGCUGGAGCGGCACUUGGCUGGCUAUGAGAGCUCGUCCACUCUGCUCACCAGCGAACUGGAAACCACGAGCUUGUGUGACUCUGACGAUGAUGAUACCAUGAGCAGGUUCAGCAGUUCCACCGAGCAGAGUAGCGCCUCCCGCCUCCUGAAGCGCCACCGCAGGCGGCGGAAGCAACGCCCUCCACGCCUCGAGAGGACUUCCUCUUUCAGCAGCGUCACCGACUCCACCAUGUCGCUCAACAUCAUAACAGUGACCCUGAACAUGGAGAAGUACAACUUCUUGGGCAUCUCUAUCGUGGGGCAGAGCAACGAGCGAGGGGACGGCGGAAUCUACAUUGGCUCCAUCAUGAAGGGAGGCGCGGUGGCAGCAGAUGGCAGGAUUGAGCCGGGUGACAUGCUGCUGCAGGUCAACGACAUUAAUUUUGAGAACAUGAGUAAUGACGACGCUGUGAGAGUGUUGCGAGAAAUCGUCCACAAACCGGGUCCGAUAGUGCUGACGGUGGCCAAGUGCUGGGAUCCCUCCCCACAAGGAUAUUUCACCCUACCAAGAAAUGAACCGAUCCAGCCAAUCGACCCGGCAGCUUGGGUGUCCCACUCUGCUGCCCUGACGGGGGCCUUUGCUGCCUACCCAGGGAGUAGCUCUAUGAGUACCAUCACCUCGGGGACCUCCGUCACGGAGACAGAGCGCUUCGAUGACUUCAGUCUGUCCAUCCACACGGACAUGGCCUCGGUCACUAAGGCGAUGGCCUCUCCCGAGUCUGGCCUGGAGGUGCGCGACCGCAUGUGGCUGAAGAUCACCAUCCCCAAUGCCUUCCUAGGUUCCGAUGUGGUGGACUGGCUGUACCACCACGUGGAAGGGUUCCAGGACCGCCGCGAGGCCCGCAAGUACGCCAGCAACCUGCUGAAGGCCGGCUUCAUCCGGCACACGGUCAACAAGAUCACCUUCUCGGAGCAGUGCUACUAUAUCUUUGGAGACUUCAGUGGCUGCGAGAACUAUAUGGCCAACCUCUCCCUGAACGACAACGAUGGCUCCAGCGGGGCCUCUGACCAGGACACGCUGGCCCCCUUGCCCCUGCCAGGCACCACCCCGUGGCCCCUGAUGCCCACCUUCUCCUACCCGUAUCCAGCCCCUCACCCGUACAGCACCCAACCCCCACCUUACCACGAGCUGUCCUCCUACAGCUAUGGCAUCGGGAGCGCCGGCAGUCAGCACAGCGAAGGCAGCCGGAGCAGUGGCUCGAACCGCAGCGAUGGGGGCGGGGGUGGCAGCCGAGGGGCCGGCAAGCAACAGGAGGAGAAGGCCGGGGCGGAUUCCAAGUCCGGCAGCGGGAGCGAGUCAGAGUAUUCGACCCGCAGUGGCGGCGGCCAGCGUGGGGGGGCCCUGGCGGGUCCCAGUGGAGAGGCGGCUUCGCAGCGCAGCCAGCACUCCCUGCACUCCCACCACUCCCUGCACGCGGCUUAUGCGGCCCCCGGGGGCGUGCCUCUGGCCUACAACCCCAUGGUGGUGAUGAUGGUCCCGCCCCCUGGCCCCCCUGCUGCUGCAGCCGUGCAGCCUCCCGGGGCCCCCCCUGUGCGCGUUGGGCUCCGUGCCCCCGGAGCUGACGGCCAGCCGCCAGUCAUUCCACAUGGCCAUGGGCAACCCCAGCGAGUUCUUUGUUGACGUAAUGUAACACACAGGUCAGCGGCUG